UGCAAUUAGGCACCGAGUAAAUACGUACAGUUACUUGGAAUACUGUGUGUAAAACAAUUUUCAACAAUGCCUUAUUACAUAUCUGACAAUUAAGAUACCUAAAAGGUCUGAACAAUGUAGCUACAGGAAUGUUAACAGAUGGUAGAACAUAGCAAUGACAGAUGAGAAGCAGUCCCCAUACACCACAUCCUCUGUCACUAUGUCAUCCAAUUUUCUACAGACUUCUGGUGGCAUGUCAGACCACAGAAACAUAUCAUCACCAGUGUCAAAUUCAUAUAUGCCUGGCACAGGAUACACUUUCGGUGACCUAGGAAUUGGAUCACAUGGUUCUCCAAAAUCAGGACAUGAAGACAUGGAUGGCAAAGAAGAUUCCAAAUUGGACUUGUAUCCUGAUGUUAAAGGGUUAAAUCUUGCAAUCACCUUGCCAUUUCAAGAUUCAGACCACUCUUCUACAAAUACACCGUCACAAUUUUCACAAAUUUUAUCCUUCAGACAGUCAGUACCAACAGGUGAUGCUAUGUUAAGUGCCAUAAACUCAUAUGAAAAUGACAUUUUACCAGAAUCUUUAGAUGUGAAUCUGGCUGGACCAUUACCACAACUUGAUGAUGGUAUUCUGUCAAACAUGGGUGCCCCUGGAGAUUUGUUUGAUGGUGAAGGUAAUGUGAAUGACCCAUACUCUAUGGAUGAUUAUUCUCCACAGACGUCACAUGACUUUGGUGGCUUCAGUAGUGAUGGUUAUGGUGGUAUUGAUUCUGAUCAUGGUCUUUCAAACCAAGCAGAUCCCACUGAAGGUUUAGAAGGAUUGAAACAGCAGAAGAAACCUAAAUCACACAAACCUGCCAAAGGACAAACUUCACCAGCAAGACUGGGGAGUUUACAGUGUCCAACUUGCAGCAAAACUUUUACAAAUUCUAGUGCCUUGGCCAAACACAGAUUAACACAUAGUGAUGAAAGGAAAUAUGUUUGUAAUCUUUGCCAGAAAGCCUUUAAAAGACAGGAUCAUUUGAAUGGUCAUUUGAUGACUCACAGAGAAAAGAAACCUUAUGAAUGUACUGUAGAUAAUUGUACGAAGAGUUACUGUGAUGCAAGGUCACUGCGACGUCACCUAGAAAAUCACCACAACCAGACUCCCGAACAGAUACAUGGAGCCAUUGCAUUGGUAGCUUCCAAUGCUGCUGCUGUUAUUGCUGCUGCUGCGGCUACAAACUCUGCUCAGAAUAAGGCAGCCCAGGUCAAUGUUUCCACUACUGGAAACACUGUUCCCAUUAUGGCUAGUUCUAUAGUAUCCAAUGAGAGCUCUCAGGGCAGUGACAUCAAACCAUUAUCAUUCAGCAGUGGUGAUUCAACACCAGUUACUAGUCCUGUCUAUGGUGAUCAGCCAUUAUUUCCUAUAGUUCAAUCUCCAGCAGGCAGCAUGGAAAACCAGAUAAUUACAAAACAGACAGCUACUGCUAAAGUGCGGACUUUAUCAGAAGAAGAAUCAGUAGGACAAAAAGUACAAAUGUUACUGGACCAGGCUGCUGCUGCUUCACAGACCAACACGGAUGAGACCAUCACACUUCACAGUGCUCAGGGCAAUCAGACAGUUACUAUAUCGGCUGACAAUUUACCACAAACCAUAGCCAUUGAGUCAAGUAAUGUGUUAAUGAAACACAUGCAACCAGGAAGACAGUGGCAAGACCAGAAUGUUAAAAUAAACAGCGUUCAAAGUGCCCAUUCAAGCUCUCCAAGAAGUGGAGAACCUUCACCAGGCUAUUUGCAGCAAGUUAGUCCAAUUAGUCCUGUCCCUAAUACACAGUUGACACCUUCAAGUCCAGUGACGCAGCCACAUCCUCAACAAAGAUCAUGGAAUACAACUGUUUCCCCUGCAAAUGUGGAUAAAAAUGGAGAGGAAGUUAAACCAGCAGAAUGCACAAUAUGUGAAAGAACAUUUAAAAAUGUACAAGCUUUAAAUGGUCAUAUGCGAUGUCAUGGAGGAUAUUUCAAAAAAGAACCAAAGGAAGAUAAAAAGACCAAAAAGAAUUCCAAGGAGAUGGCACCUCCCAAAUCAGUGGCACCCAAGGGAAAUAAAUUGAUAGCCAGUAUGCCUCACCCUUCACCAUUAGACAAAGUAGGAUCACCACAGUCAGGACAAGGUUCUGCUUAUGGAAGCCAGUUACAGUCCCCUGUAUCAGGAGAUUCACCAGUAGGGAUGGACGGGUCAGCUAUGGUCCUACAACAGUUUGGAUUGGAUCAGUUACAGGUUGGAGAACAAUUCUGGCAACAGAUUCAGAUACAUCAGCAACAGAUGCAAGGGGAACAACUCCAGCAGCAACUUCAGCAACAAUUAAAGGGACUUCAGAUGGAACAGACUAAUGUAGAGGUCAAGAUACAGCAACUUAAAGAUCAACUGCAACAACAGAAUCAACAGCUUACACAGAAACAGGUCAGACAGCAAAUGGAACAGACCAUGCAACAGGAACUACAACUUCAGUCGGCCCUUCAACAACAGAUACAACAGCUACAACUACAGAACACCCAACAGCUCAAGCAACAGGAGGCACAGAAUAUUCUUCUGGGAUUAACCCAGGAAAGCCACAAUAUGAAACAAGAACACCUUUUACAGGAUCAGAAAAUGGCACUUCCACAGGAUACAGACAUGUCAAUUCUCGCUAAUCUACAACACCCUACAGGGUCACAAUUAUUACAAGCCUUUCAACAUAACCUUGCUGCUAAACAGGAAGCUGAUAGGCAGUUAUAUGAUAUACAAGCUAUUUUAAAACAGGAAGCAGAAAAUCAGGUUAAUACUCAACAAAAUAGAAAACAGCCAAUCAGUAAAGAAGAUAUGGAAAAACAUCUGAUACAAAGACUGUUCUUACAAGGUGGCAAUCCUUCCACAGAGGUAGCUGUCUCUUUACAGCAGCAAAUUGAGCAACAGAAAGCCAGUCUUCCUCCCACAUCUCAGCCACAGCAUGUAAAUAGUAUACUGUUGGAAAAGAUGAAACAGAAACAACAGCAAGAGAGACAGCAGCAACAGAUGUUAAAGACAAUACAACAACAGCCAUAUAACCCUGGACAGUUACCUACUCUGAUACAUCAUCAUCCUCAGGUGAAAGAAGAAACCAAAAUAGAUACUGCUUCCGUCCCUACUUCUCAGGUACCCAGGCCAUUGCAUUUACAAAGACAGGUGUCUUUUGAAGAAUUGCAAAAUCAGGCACAACACAGUAUUGAACUAACAAGUCCUCAACAAAUAACUCAUCAACAACUUCAGCAAUUACUUCAACAAAGGAAUGACACUCUUAAUAGUCCGCAUUCUAUAAACAAUUUAUCUGAUUCUCAUGGCAUGCAACAUAUGGACUUAUCUCCACCACCUUCCUUAACUCCAACAUCAAUUCAAUCAAAUCUACAGACAGCUAUAGCUCAGAUACCUCUGUUUGCAUUGAAAACACCGACGGAAAUGGGAAGCAUGGGACAUUUCAACCAACUACCACAGUCAAAGAUUGUCACAACUUCUGCUGAAAGUCCUGACUUGUCACUUAUCUUGGAAACAAUCGACAAUGAUCAAAAGACUUCAUUGUCAAAUGCUAAAACUUUACCUCAACAUUCACAGCUAAAUCAAGAUAAUUUAUGGACAGCCCUACCUAACAUGCCUAAAACUUAUCAUGGACAUUUGACUGAUGCAAGAAAAUCAACUGUGAAUUAUUCUCAGAUAUAUAAUGAUAAGGUGCCAUAUUUAGAUUCUGCUUUACAUAAAAUGGGAACUGAUCCCCCAUUGUAUAAACCUGAGGCCAGGAAACUUGAGAAGGCAGCUGAACAAAACCCUUUUGCAUUCCCUAUUGGGAAUGGGGCUCAAAAUGACUUUGCACAUCCUGACACUAUAAAAAAUCCUAAACACCACAGACAUAAACCUAUCGCUAAUCAGCAUACAGAGUUGAAGCGUAGGCUGUCUGUGGGUAGUGAAUGUGAUCUGAAUUCUAGUGUUUUACCAGGAAUGAUCAAUAAUAAUAAUAAGGGCUAUAGUGCUAAUAAAUUCCCUUCAAAUAGUGCUCAGAAUAUGUUAUCUGUCAAACCAAGGAUGAGAAGUAAAUCGGGUGACGAUUUUAAAUAUUUUAGAUCUAAAAGUGAAGAUCAUACAUUCAUGAGACCGAGAAGUCAAACGGAGGAAUGUUUAUGGAAAUACAAACAAAAAUCUGAGGAUUCAUGGGAUCAGGCUUUGUCGAAGUCAGAUGGUGCUGGACUGUUUAGAAAUCCUAAUUCACUCACAACUCCUGUUCAUUUACGAAUGAAACGUAAGCAUCGCCCAGCACCGUUAUUCAUUCCUAGACAUGGGUCACUACAUGGUGGAUUCCAGAGUAGAUUACGUUCUCCAAGAGUCUUAACAGCUAGUGAACACAAGGGUAAUACACCGCCUCCUUACACUCCACCACCAAUGUUGAGUCCGAUACGUAGUGGUUCGGGAUUGUUCUGGACUAUACAGAAACCACCAAUGACACCCAUGACAGCUCCUCUUACUCCAAGGACUAGCAUUCUAAGCAUGUCCAGAAAUAGCAGUAUUGGAAGUGCUCAACCAGAUGUUUCCAAGCAAGAGCUACCAGAUGAUGAAGAACCACCAGAAACUGAUAUUCUACCACAUGUAAAUAUUGGAUCUCAGUACCAAGCAGAGAUUCCACCAUUUAACAGUCGUAAAAAAGAGGCAUUACAUUGUGUAUCCAAAGAAGAUUUGGUGUUUGAUCCUGAAAAAAUUAAGGACUGUUCUGAUAAUGAAGUGCAAUAUUUUCAAGAGUUUGCCAAUAGUGCAGCAAUUAGGGGUAAUGGUUGUAAUACAGAAUAUGCUCUCCAUUUACUUCACUUGGCAAAGGGCAAUAUACAGAAUGCCAUGCUGAUGUUAAUGGAAACUAUUAAAGAAUUACCUGCUCACCAUACAUUACUAUCUUUUACAUAUCAAGAAAAUGAUGUUUGGACCACAGAGGAAGCUGAAAAAUACCUUAGUGCUUUAUUAAAAUGUGAUAAAGACUUCUUCUCUGUUUCCAAAGAAAUUGGAAGUAAAUCUGUGAAAGAAUGUAUUCAGUUUUAUUAUUUAUGGAAAAAAGUGUGUCCAGAUGAACAUAAACGUCUGCGCAUUAUGCGUAAUAAACGAGAACGUGAAAGAUUAUAUAACUUACGAUCCCAGCAGCAACAACAGCAGCCGGCCACACUUCCAGAGCAGCCAGAGAAUGAGAUGGAGAUUAAUGAUUAUGAUGAAGACUCUAGUAGUUCUACUGACAUGGAGGAUAAUUCUGACAUUAUGUUAAAUAAUAAAGAGGACGAUGCUUCAUCUGUAAAAUCUUCCUCAUCUGUAAAAUCUGUAAAAACUGUAAUUACACCGACCCCAGCUUCCCGAGCUAUAUCACCUGCUCCUAUGUUUACCUGUGAUUACCCAGAAUGCAAUGCUGCGUUUAAUUCUAAGCAAGCAUUAAAUGGUCAUAUUCGAGUACAUGGGGGAGGUUCAAAGAGCAAUUCUCCAGCUAGAGAAUACAGGCCUCCAGCAGCAAGACUUCCUAAGCCACAAGGAUCACCUGCAAGUUCAGAGGAUCUAAAUGGAGAGGGCUUCCCAUGUAAACUUUGUGGCAGGGUAUUUGCAAAAGUACGUAGUAGAAGUGCUCAUAUGAAGAGUCAUAGAAUGAAUGAAUCAGAUAAAAAACCAGUGAACAAGAAACCAGUGCCAGUACCAAUGUUAGACAAUAUCAUGCCUAAAAUGUCACCUAACGGGUGACGAUUGGUGCUUAAUUAUAUUCUGUAUUAGGGCUUUCUUAGAAGGCAGAAAUAUAUUUGUAUUUAUAAGGCAGCUUAUUAGUCGUGACUUCUAAAGAAGAAAGAAUCUGUGAUGUUGUAAAUAAAAUUUUGAUCGUUUUAAUGUAAUGUUUGAGGGAGUCCAUUCAGCAAUCUUCCAGAUCUCACUUUUGCAUCAAAUACCUCCUAAUUACAUAAAAAUUUCUUUAUGGUCAUAAUAGCCAGAUACCUGUUCACAUUCUAACUUAAUUCAUUUGACCUGUUUUACAUAAAGUACUGAAGUUAAGGUGUUUUAUGAAUGACUGUUACCUCUUCUUGUUAUGUUUGUUGAUUUUAGCAAGAUAUGUUAUUGCUUUUUUCUUCUUUUUUUUUUUAAUCAAAAAUUUUAUUUUUUCCCUAUUUUAAGAUGAACUAUAAAAGUGCUUACUUUCAGUUGUUCAGUGUUGUAGAUUAUUUUAAAAUAUUUAAUAAGUUCUUACUGUACUCAAACUUAAAUGACUAAAAGAUUUAAGGAAUGUACAAAUAAUCUAUUCAGCUACUCAUUCAGGCAGCUAUGGUACUUAUUGACAAUUUAAGAGACCUUAAAUAAAAGAUUCAUUCCAAGAUAAGAUGGUAGUUUUUACCAUUGUUUACCUUUUCAGGCCAAUCCAUGAUAUAAUGUUGCCUGACAUGCAUAAGGAUGUAUUAACAUGGAUUUACUGGCAUGUGUUACUUAAUUAUUCUUAAUGACCAGCCACAGAAAACUUAAAACAAUUCUUUUUUCUAUGUUGUAUGCAAAAAAUUAAGUUAGCAUGUAUUUGAAUUUGGAUUAGAUUUAAUCUAACACAAUAGACAACAAUUGUUAUCUUUACUUUGAAAAAAAAUAUCAAAUAGAGUCAAAGUUUAUCGAGAUAUUUCAACUGUUUGUUAGACGUAUGAUGUUUUAUUGAAAUGGUAUCAGGACUAGAGAAAAUUCAGUUUCUCUUCUUUAUUCUUUUAAUGGUGCAAAUCUUAAUGUUCUGAAUGGACUAGUUAUGACUGAAUCUAGAUGAGACGUCCUUUGUUUUGUUUUAAGAUUUAUAUUUUACCCUAUUAUUAUACAAUGUGCAAUCAUUUGUUAUAAAUGUGUAAAAAUUGUUACUUCUAUGUAAAUUACUAUCAGACAGUGCUCAAAUACUGGUCUUAAAACUAUAUCAUUGUUCAUACUAAGAUAUGUAGAUUAUAUAUUAUUACUUAUAUUGUAAAUAUUGUUGUAAAUUCUCAUUAUUUUUUUUUUGCUUGUGAUAUAAUGGCUUAGUAUUAAUUGUGAUUCAUGAACAAAAUUUUAUAAAUGGUUUUCAUUUUAUGUAGUCAAAAUUUUAUAUUAAUGUAAAAAACCCAAUUUUGUUAUUGAAGAAAAUAAUCAUAUUUUAUAAUGAAGAAUUAUUGCUGUUAAGUGUAUUUACAUCGAGAUUGUUUAGACAUUUUUAUCAUCUACUUCUGUUAUACUUACAUUAUAUUAACAAAAUGUACAGACAUUGAAGCUUUGAACACAGAUUAACUAUCAUAUUUCACAAGACAAUCAGAUGUCAACAAGUUAUAUAAUCCAAAACAAAAUCUGUUGAUUCUUUUACUCCUCUGUUAUUUUUGAAAUCUUCAAACUAUAAGCAUUUUUAGGUGGAAGAUCUGCAGUUCUUCAAAAAUCUGUUCUCAAAUAAUCUAAUAUUCUUGUUUUGGCAGUCAAAUUCAAUUGCAUUAGUGUCCUUAUAUUGCAGUAAAUAUAAAGAAUUUAAUUGAAAAAUGAACAUUGAAUUACUAAUGCAACGUUGCUUGAUCAAUUUGAAGAUAAUUCUUAUUCUUCUUGAUAACAAAAUGUUAGUUUCAUUGUUAAUAAGAUAUUUUGACAUGCCAUGGUUUCCAUAUACAAAGAACAUGUUUUUUGGAAUACAGCCAUCUUGGUCAUUGAUAAAUCAAUUAAGCACAAUAUAUAUGAACUUUUUGGAGACAUGCAUAUCAAUUUGCUCUGAACGAUACACUCAGGAUUUCAACCCUUGACCAAUGUAAAACUAAUUGCCAGUCAUGUGAUUUAGAAGGCUAAAAUAAUAUAAAUAACUGUUACCUUAUAUCAAGUGUGAUUUUAAAAUUUUGAUUUAAGUAGGAGGAUUUAGUCCCUUUCCAAAAAAAGAUGAAACAUUUAGUUUUUGAUUUGCUCAUUUGCUGCUCUGUUCCAGUUUUAAAUUACAAUUUGUGUUGUUAAAUGAAAAUCCAGUCAAAAAAAAUCUGUUAAGACUAAAUUUAAAGGGAACUUUGACUAUGUUAAGAUUUAUAAAAAAAAUCUCCCUUCAGUUUCAGAAAAGUUUGCAGCAGACAAGAACAGGAUAAAGCCUUGAAUGUCAUCUUUCCGUAAGAACUUUACAGGGGUAUAAGGCCUCUAUACCUAGAUUAUUUUUUUGUAAUUCCCUAUAGGGAUAUUAUGUCAGAAUUUUCUUAAUCAUGCAAAUAUUUCUCUUUUGACAAGAUAAUUAUGAAGAAAAUUAUGUUUAAAUUAAAUGUUAACUUUAUUCUCUUGUCAGAAUAAGUAAUCAUGAAAAAGAUAUUUACACUAAUUUGAUUUUAUUUUGUGGAUGAUAGAAUAUUUAUGGAGAAUUAAUAUAGCUAUGGUGGUCUUGUACUGUUGUGUAUGCUCAUUUCUGUACAGAAAUAUAAAAUGUACUAAAUCGUGAAUGACAUUAUGGGUCGUUUUCAAAAUACCGGUUAAAAGGUUGUUACAAUAUAUUGCAAAAAUCUCAUUGUAAAAUAUCCAUGUAUCGUCCUAUUAUUUUAUGUCAAAUUCUCAUUGAAGGAUAUUAGGUUGUGUAACCCCAAUUAUUUGUUUCACGUUUUUUGUGUCGAGGUGCUGUUUUGUUAAGGCUAUACUGUCUCGAGAAAGGUUUUUCUAUCAGCGUAAUGAAAUCAUUGUCACAACAAAUGAGUACGAUACUAUUAUAUUCCUUACGACAAUAUACAUUAGAAUGUGUUCAGUAGUUGAAAUGUAUAUUUCAAAAUCUGGGAAAGUGGAUUACAAAAAGUUAUAUUAGAAUCAGAAUUUUUCACAUUCACAUAUGCAUUAUUUAUUAUUAAGAAAAAAAUCUAGAGCUUCACAGCUUCAACAGGUUUGAUUUAUUUUUAAAAUUGAUAUUAUAUUGGGUAGAAGAAGAAAUAUUACCUAGUUAACAAAGCAGGGUGUUAAAUAAGUGAUAAAAUUGAGAGGUAUAGCCAUAACAAAAACAUAUUUUUUUGUCAUGAUAAUUUGUAUAUUUACAAUAUACAUUUUAAUAGAAAUAAAACCAAUGAUGAAUACACACUUUUAUAGAUAUUGAGAAAAAAAAAUCUUUUUAUAUCAGAAUCUUCAUAAUAUGAGCAUAAUUUGAAUGGGGCAUUAUAAUUUACAGUUUGUACGGAAUGGUGCUUUCUGGGAAUUUUUAGGGACAAGUUCCAUUGAUGCACAUUUUCAGAUAAUUGACAAAGUUUCUAUUUAUACUUAACCACACAUAAAAAUGACAAGAUGUGGUAUCAUUACCAAUGAGACAAAUAUUUGAACGUUAAUAUUUUAAAAAUGUAUUUACUUGAAAUGAAAUCAAUGGGUAGAGGUUGAAGUAGUGAUGCCUGUCAAAUCUGAGGUUGUGAAAGUGAACCUAGUUUGUAUUGAGGUGUUUAACACAGAUAAAUUGAAAAAUAUAGCCAGUUUUCUAACCUUAGGCCUUUGUUGUCCCUGUUUGCACCUGCUUCCUCCAAAAAUAAAAACUGAUAAAGCCAGUGUCGCUGAUGGUGGCGUUCAACGCCAACUGAUUGAAAUCUCAAUGUAUGUUUUCCUAAAACAAUUCAGAAUUAGAUUU